AUGACAUCCUUUGACAUUACAGAGUACCGCGCUAUGAUCGAAAGUGCAUUCCAACAUCUCGAGGAUAGCAUAAAAGCCCAUUUUACUAAAGCUGCGUUCCACCCAAGAGUUCUCAUUGUAUGUGGUUCUGGAUUAGGCGGAAUAUGUGAUAAAUUACAGCAAACGCCUCCUCCGCUUUCAAUUCCCUUUGACAAGAUUCCAGGAUGUAGGACUGGCACUGUUAAAGGCCAUCAAAGUAUGUUAAUGCUUGGUUACAUGAAAGAUGUUCCAGUUGUACUUAUGAAAGGGAGAUUGCAUGGUUAUGAAGGCUACACAUUACAGGAAACAACAUUCCUAUUGCGUGUUUUGAAUAGAAUAUCAACAUUGAAUAUCCUUAUCACCACUAAUGCCGCGGGUUCAUUAGAGCCUUCUUUUAAUGUGGGGGAUAUAAUGUGUAUUAACGAUCACAUUAAUUUCCCAGGCUUGGCAGGAACAAACCCACUUAUCGGACCAAAUUUUGAUGAAUGUGGACCAAGAUUUCUUGCUACCACCGAUGCGUAUGAUUUGGAAUUGAGACAACUACUAUUCCGCAGGCACAGGGAGCUUAAGAUUAAUCGUAAUCUACACGAAGGUGUGUAUGCCCACGUCUUUGGACCCACUUAUGAGAGCCGCGCGGAAUCUAGGCUUUUACGUCUCAUGGGUGGCUGCUCUGUAGGUAUGAGCACUAUUCCAGAAGUACUUGUUGCCAGACAUUGUGGCUGGAGGGUGCUGGCUCUGUCCUUAAUAACCAAUAACUGUCUUUUAGAUCCGCCAACUAAAGCAACAGAGCCAAACGCUGAUUAUUCGUCUAGUGGGAAGGCAUCUCACUACGAGGUGUUGGAAAACAGUAUCAAAGCUUCAACUGACGUCGAAUCUUUAAUAGAAGCUGUUAUUCAAGAGCUCUAA